AUGCAGUCGCUUUUGCAGUAUCGAAGGGCUGGUGCUGCGGCUCAGGCGCAGAUUGAUCGCGACAUCGGCAAGGCGAGACAGCAUACGGCGCCGAAUGCUGGACACGAUGUUGAAGCUGGUCGAAAGUCAUUGCAUGAAAAGGAUGAGCCGAAUGCUGGACGGUUACCCCCAAUCACGGAAGCCGAUACUUAUGCUUCCAGCGAUGAGAUACCCGAGCGGUCGCUGCAGCAGACUGUGACGGCUCAAACCAUUCGACAAUGCAUGUCUGGGGGUAUCGCUUUGGGCCAGGUCCUCACAGGAAUUAAUGUCCAGGAUCACAAGAACGACAAAGGCCAGGAUGGAAAAGUCUUCGUGGUCAACUGGGAGGGCCCUGAAGAUCCUCUUGAUCCUCACAACUGGUCUAUCGGAAGACGGAUUGGCGUGACUCUGCAGAUCUCCAUCAUUGCUCUUUUUGUCGGAGCAGCCUCCGGUAUUGAUGCGACUGUUCUUCCUCAGGCGGCAGAGUCUCUUGGAGUCAGCGAAGUUGCUGAAUCGCUCGCGACAGGCCUUUAUUUGGUUGGAAUGGGUCUCGGAUCGCUGAUAGCAGGUCCCUUCUCCGAGACCUUCGGCAGAAACGCAGUUUACAGCUUCUCCAUGGCAAUCUUCAUGAUUUGGAUCAUGGCAUCGGCACUUGCGCCCAACUUUGGCGCCCAGAUCACCUUCCGCUUCCUGGCUGGCUGCUCAGCUUCAACGCCACUCGUUUGCUCUGGAGGUUCUAUAGCUGACAUGUACAACAGUCUCGAAAAGACCUGGACCUUUCCUCUGUAUGCCGUCGCUGGCUUUGGCGGUCCAAUGCUGGGUGCUGUCAUGGGCGCUUAUAUCGGGCCGUCAAGCGCUGUGAGCUGGCGAUGGACUGAGUGGACCAUGCUCAUCGCAUCAGGACUUGUCCUUGUACUAGUUCUGCUUUUCAUGCCUGAGACUUACGGUCCGCUUCUCUUGCAGUGGAAAGCUGCUCAUUAUCGAAGGAUCACGGGAGACGACCGGUUUCGAUGCCAGCAUGAAAUUGCUGGUGCUAGCCUCUUCAGCAGGUUGAAGGUCAGCAUGACGCGCCCCUUUCUGAUGCUGACUGAACCCAUAAUCAUCGCCAUGACACUGUACAUCAGUGUUCUUUACAUCGUACUGUUCACUUUCCUUGCUGGUUGGCCGUAUAUCUUUGAGAAGACGUAUGGUGUCGAUCAGGGACUCGCCAACAUUAUCUUCAUCGCCAUGUUUCUUGGAACGCAGAUCAACUUCGCUUUCGUCCCUAUCGUCUACCGCAGGACAUUGCGAGCGACCCAGAACCAGGGAGACGGCCACUUCAAACCGGAGAUACGUCUCUGGUACGCCAUGCUCGGCGCAGCUGCCGCGAUCCCCAUCUCGCUCUUUUGGCUCGGCUGGACAAAUUACUCUAGCAUCAGUAUCUGGUCCGCCAUCUUUGCUGUUGUUCUGUUCGGAUACGGAGUCACGGGCAUCUUUAUCUGCGUUUACAUGUAUAUUAUCGACUCUUACGAGAUAUACUCGGCGUCAGCGCUGACAUUCGUGUCUUUGACGCGUUAUAUGAUCGCUGGAGGAAUGACGGUGGUGGGCAUUCCGUUUUACGAGAACAUGGGAACCCAUUACACAUUGACCAUCAUGGCAUGUUUCUCGGUGGUAUUGGCAGCGAUUCCCUACGUGCUGUACUUUUAUGGACACAAGAUAAGGGCGAAGAGCAAGUACGCAUUCACACACUAG